AUGUUGUUAUGUGAACCAGACCGGGGGGCGAUCGGAGACGCGUGCACCUUGGACUCUGACUGCACGUUUCCGGACGCCGUGUGCGACAGCGGGCAGAAGACGUGCCAGUGCCACCCGGACGUGCCAGUCAGCAACCACGUCGAUAAGUGUGGGAAAGCUGCUGGAAUAAACCAAACAUGCGGCUUCAACGAGCAAUGCGAGGAGGCGGACUUCAAGACCGAGUGCCGCAACGAACGGUGCGUGUGCAAGUUCGAAAUGGUGCCCACAGAGACGGUCGACGGGAUUGUGUGUACAGCGGAGAAGAGAAUAGAGGAGUCGACCAAGACCCUGGACCCGGCUAUGAUCGGCAUCCUGGUGGCCAUGGCGCUGAUGUUCGUCAUCAUCUGCGUCGUGCUCCGCCUGUUUAGUCGAGCGCGAUGGAGGGAAAACCGCACCAUCUUCAACACACCAAACCCUCGGCUGAUGAACGUAUCGCUCUUGAGAGACUCCAAGUUGUUGCAUUCGCAGGAUCGCCGAGGUUCCCGCAUAAGUAUGCGACCGCCAUCGCGGCAAGCCAGCCAGCAAGAGCUGAGACCGCACUCGCCUGGCCCAGCACGACCACACCAAAGCCAUCAGCUUCACCGAAAACCCUCAGAGCAAGCAGCGCACAUUCUGCUACAUCCCUGAGGUCGGCCACACUGCGGUCACCUACUACUCCGGGACCCACUUCGGUCACCGUAGAGAUACGAGCCCCAGACGCAUAACCUAGUUCAUCUAGAAGACAAUUGACGAUUCGAUCUAUAAAGCAAUCAAUAAAAAAUAUCGAUAAAGGUCUAGCCAAUAUAACCAACUUAAGUAACGCAAAGUCUGUGACAUGAAGAGUAAAACGUACCUUAUUAUAAAAUCAUUCAGUCCAGUUUUUACCCUAAUUGUGAUAAUAAUUAGCAUUGACAUCCAUAUUAGGCUUACGUUCAUUGAUCUUAUAUUGUAUAGCAAUAAAAGCACAAGAUGUAUCCUCGUAAAUUCAGCCACUUAAAAAGUGCCUCUAAAAUUUGUCUCAUAAAAUCUAUUGUAAGCUAAAUUUAAAACACAAAUAGAAGUAAUGCAGUUGAAUAUUUAAAAUAGUUAUCCACACUCACGUUUCAAAUAUUAAGUCACGUUUUUAACAAAAUAGACGUAGAGCACAAAUUCAACGAUAUUUUUAGCGAUUAAGUGGAAUAGAAAUAGAAAAUUUAGCUUUUUUAGCGUUAGAUCGACAGCUUUUUGGCAAUUUUUAUAGAUUGUUAGUUUAAAUAAAGUUUUAAUAAGUCGAUUAUAAAAUAGUUCAUUGUUUCGGAUAUUCUUUUCUCUUGUUCCCUUGUAAGUGAAAGCUAGAUUUGGUGAUUCGACUAUCGAGUAAGCGUUGUAGAAGUGAAUUAUUUACAAUGGUUCUUUUAGCACUGUUGGAGAAAUUACUGCAUUAAUUUCAGAGGGAAAUAACUUACAGCAUAUUGUUCCUUCAAAAGUUCUGCUAAAGGGAGUACUGAAAACAAUUCGUAGAACUAAAUUUAUUUAUGGGGACCAUCUCCUUCUAUAGGAGUGAUCUGAAUUUUGAAUUAGAAUCGAUCGUAGGAGGAGGGAUGCUUCGAAGCCGCUUCUAUUAAACUUUAAAAUAAGACUUUCUAAUACUAGCUUUAAUUUUGAUGUGAAAGCUUUCCUUUUCAAUGAGAGAGAGUUGUGAGUUUCCGAUUAAGUUUUCGUGUAACUAGUUUUAGGUAUCUAUAAUCUUGUAAUGUGUAAAACGGGGAAUUUACACACAUUGUCUAAGUCCAUUGCACAUAACGCUUCGACCAAGUAUGCAAUGCGCACAAUCGCAUCGUAAACGAGUUAGAAUUUGUGAGGUAAUUUAUAUCCACUAUGCGUAUUGGUGCAAAUAUUGAUAAUAACUCAUCUCCCAUCAACCCUUUCAUAUUCUCCACGGGAUGUACUUCAGUUAAGGGGAAGAACUGGAGUUCAGCUGGUGUACCCUCACCCCCCACAUUUCGACUAAAGCAAACUAAAUUUGUACUGGAUUAAGCUAUGUAUCUUAAAUGAAAAACAAU